UUAGAGUGAAAAAAGGUUAAUUUUCAGUCUCAUGACCACUAAAGGCUGAUUUUAAGAAAAUGAUAAUGAUUAAUAAAAAUGAAAAACAAUUCGGUGAAGUUCAAACAUAAUGUACCAAAAUCCUCAACAACUUCUAUAAUUUCAGAAUUUUCAUGUGAUGAAUCUCCAUUGCCUAAUGCGAUUUAGUAUUAAAGCUUUACUCAUGCUUAAACAAUAUCAGCAAAAUUAAAUAAAACAUCUAUAUACAAUCAGCAAAAUAUAAUAUUUAACACUCCGAGAUGUUUGGCUGUUCCUUAUAAGGAAAUAGUAACUAUAUUCAUAAAUUAAUUCUAGGAAAAAGAUGAAGUAUUAUCAAAGACUCCUGUAAAUAAAGGAUAUUAGACUAGUAAUAGAGUUGGAACAUGUUAUGUUGAACCUGUAACAUUUUCUGAUGCACUCAUUAAGUAAUCUAAAUACACAGAAGAAAGUUUAAAAAGAAUCUCAAAACUUGAAAAAUUUUUAGAAAAAGUAAAAUAAAAUCAUUAAAAAUCAUUUAAUAUAUUAUCAAGUGAGGAAACUCCAAAAAAAUUACAAAAUGAACAUUUUAUAAAAGGUUUGGUAGAUAGAAAUUAAGAUUAAUAUAAAUAAUUAAAAUUAGAUGCUAAAACAAAUAAAAAAUUAAAUCAAUUAAUGGACGAUUUAAGAAUAAUUAGAAAAGUAAAUAAAUAAUAUAUAAAAUUAGAAUAUUUAAUAUUUUUCAGCAUUUGAUGGUUCAUAUUCUUAAUGUAGAUAAGAUCUUAAUAAUUUUGUAGCUUUAAAAUAGUAGAAUGGUAUAUUAAUAAAUAAUGGGAAUCACUUAUCUAGAAUAGAAUUAAUAAAUGAUACUUUUAAAACAGAAAGAAUUUGUGAUAUUCCUGAGUAUGAUUCUAGAUAUCUUUCAUUUUGUAUUUGUGAUAAGAAUUUUUCAGAUGAAAUGAUUAUUACAGGUACUGAUAAAGGAAAUGUUAUGGGAUGGAACUAUUUUAAAAAUCAAGUUUAUCAUUAUUAUGGAUUAAAUAAUUAAUAUAAUUGUAAUUUACAAUAACAUUCUUAACCAAUAUUUAUCAGAUAAGAGAAAUAAAAUAUCUUUGUUGGUACUAAAAAUAAUGUAAUUAUGAAAUUUAAUUUAGGAAUUAUUAAUCCUUGACGAAAGAAUGUAUGAAAGAAAAUGUUUGUCAGUAACAUUAUAAAAGUAAAAUAAUAAGUUUUUGAGGGCUAAUUCAAUUUAAUCUCCUAUGUUACCUAGAUUUGGAAAUAGUAUAAUUGAAAGUCCUUUAGCAAAACCAUUGGAUCCAAAUUUAUUUGAUGAAACAAAUUUUAAAUUAGAUGAAGAAUAAGAUUCUAUAAAAGGAGAUAUGGAAGAAGAAUUUCCAACUUUUAAAUAAUUGGAUGAUUUAUGUUUUGAAGAAAUUUAAAAGAUAAAAUAUAUUGAUGUGAAUGAACAUAAUGUAUUAGUUACUAUGAUGAAUGGUUUUAUUCACUUAGAUAUUAGAAGUCCUACUAUUGAAUAGUUUAAUUAUCAAUAGAAAAGUGAUAAUUCAUUAAAAGCUUUAUUCAGUCCUUGUAAUGCUAAUAACAUUAUAUAUUCAAGUUUAAAUUCAAAUUAAUGUGUAUUAUGGAAUGCAUAAAAAAAUGAAGUACUAUUUCAUAAGGAAUUGUAAAGCAACCCUAUAGAUAUGAUAAUAUCUGAAUAAACAAAAGAAAUAUUAUUCCUUCAUUAAGAUAACCAUGAUUCUUUAGUAAAAAUUUAUAAUAAUUCAUAAUCAAAAUUAAGAUAUAGUGAUGAAUUAUAUGUUCCUAAUUUUAACAUUUAAAAGAUUGUUUUAGAUAAAUAAAAUUAGAAUCUGUAUGGUAUAGGACCAUAUUCAUUGAGAACUUGGAAUUAUUAUUAAUAAAAAGAAAUUGAUUUAAUUUAAGAGGAAAUGAGACAUUAAUUAUAAUGUUUAUUUUGAUUUAACUUAAAGAAAUUUGUUAAUUAUUAAAUAAUUUAUCAAAACUGAUUUCAAACUAAAGAAAAAUCGAUGAGCUAUUCUUAUUUCAAAAUUCCCUUUGUUAAUUAAAGUUUAGAAUUCUAUGCAAAAAUACCUGGCCAAUAAGAUGCAGCACAUCUAUUUGCAUCUAUGAUACCCAUCUUCUUAU